AUGAGAAAAAUGCUGCGUUUUGGAAGCGAUUUCUCAGAACUUAGGACCCCAAGUCCUGAAUAUGAGCACGCGUCGUCGCAAGAAGCAAAGUUGAGACAAAGCGUCCACGAACUGUACGCAAGCGUUUCGUGCCACCCGCUGCAGCAGCUACCCAACUUUAUCCCGCCAGCUGCUAAAAAACACUUGCCUCAUUCACCCUACAAGCGUCCUGUUUCGAACACGGCUCGAAGACAAGGCUCCUCGGAUAGAACUAUCAGCUCCAUACCGUGGGCGUGUUCGCGGUGGGGCAGACGGCGCCCGGUGCACCGAACCUGCGUCCGCGAACAUUCGCGCUCGGCAUCCGGUACCCGAAUCCGAAACCGCUUUCCUCCUCGCUGUCGUUCUACAACGCGUUCAGAGCGAUUGACGCGAACGUCUUCGAUAUUUUUGGGACUAUUCAGGUACCAGCGUAUGUCUAAACACUUGAAUCGAGGCCUGCGUCAGGCGAGCCUUGUCGCUUACCUGGUACCACUGACGCAGCAGCUGUGGCGAGGGAGAAGCGCGCGCUGUUUAUCGUGCUCGACCCGUUUUGCCUAUUCGGACUUGACUCCAAACCGGUAUUCAAAAAGUCUCUACGGACUUGAUGGGCGUCAGCAGUUUCGUCGCAAGUUAUCGGCGGCGCAGCGAGACAGGGAACUGCGCAACGAGUCUGCCCGUAUGACUGCAGACGGCGCCCAGCAACAGGAACGAGUCCCAGCGGCGUCACGUCAAGCCGUAACCUUCAUCCGAGCUCGACAUAUCCUGCUUGAAUCGCAGCAGAUGGCAAACACCAUACUAGAGAGGGUUCAGCUUGCCGAGCCGGGCCCUGCGCGAACGCAGUUGUUCGCGUCCCUAGCGCAAACGCUGUCGACGUGCGAGACGCGGACCCGUGGCGGCGACCUUGGCUGGUUCCGACGAGGUCAAAUGGUGCCCGCUUUCGAAGAAGCUUGUCUGGCAGCCGAAGCGAACGUCCCGUUCAAAGUUCGAACGGAGUUUGGCUGGCAUGUUGUGGAAGUUCUGGAGUUUGGCCACCAGCGUGGAGUCAUAUCGGUGAAGGAGUUUGCGGAGCUAUAUCAAAAUUCGGAGCGACGGAAGCUCUAUCAGCUGAUUGAUGUUCGCGAACCCGGUGAACUGGAGAUCGUUCAGCUUGAGGGUUUCAUGAACUUGCCGCUCAACGAGUACUCGCGAUGGCGUCACCUCGUGGAGGGCUCCGAAACCCAGCCUCCCGUCCUCGAUCGCAAUCGACCCAUCGUGGUGAUGUGUCAUCACGGGAUUCGGAGUGCAACCAUGUGCGCUUAUCUGUGCCAGCAGGGGUUUUCUAAUGUGCUGAACUUGCUUGGAGGAAUCGACGCGUAUGCAGCAGAGAUUGACCAAGGCCUGCGACGAUACUGA